AUGGUGGUGGUGGUGAGUGGUUGCUGCGGGUGCUGGUCCUCUGGAGAGCUGGAGUGCUGUGUGCCCGGCCAGUGUCGGCGCGCCGUUUUAUACCCGCCACCUGAGCCGCCGUCGACGCCCAGCCGGACAAGAUUCGCGGAGCCGCCCGUCUCCCCGCCCCCCUCCCCCGCCCGUCGCAUUUCAAUAGCGCCGCCAGGACAGGACCGCCGUUUUCGGACAGGCGGAAAAGACGCAAGAAAACCUACAGUGCCCUUGGACUGCGACUGUGAAAAGACGUCGCACCCUUCACCAGCACUCAAGUGCCUGCCAGCCUGCCAGCCAGCCAGCCAGCCAGCAGCGGUCCCAGCCAGCAGCCAACAGCAGCAGCAGCAGCAGCAGCAGCAGCAGCAACGUCCCCGCCGGCCAGCCAGCCGGGUGCCCCCUGCCAGCUGCAGCAGAGUGGGGGAAGAAGCACUUGCUCGUACAGUGCUCAAAAGAUUUUUUGCAUUAGGGGCGUGCGACACGAAAAUUCGGAGCGUCUGCCAACAGCAACAGGUGGCGGCCGUGUCGCAAGAGCGCAAGAGGGCGCGCCUUCGAUUGGCGCUGUGA